CGUCGUCAUACUAAAAUUCCCUCUUUUGACAGAAAUCCACCAACCAUCCUCUGCGUCUUUUCGCUCCGCGGCCUCCGAACGAGCCCAUCACUACCCAUAUUAUAUCUACCGCCAAACCUCCCAAAAGCCGAACUUCAAGGAAAGAAAACCGAGCAUUCCACUUCCCCCCUGGUCGUCCGGCGGCUGAAGCUUCCCCGCGGUCUCUCUCUCCUCUCCCCACCUUUACUCAACAUCUUGUUUCGCAACAGGUUGUAUCCCCGUCACAAUGCAAGCCGUCCCCGAGUCGCGACAGCAGACCUUUGAGGAAAUCUACGGUCCUCCAGAGAAUUUCCUCGAGAUUGAGGUCCGAAACCCCCAAACCCAUGGCACAUCCCGGAACAUGUACACCUCGUACGAAAUCGUCUGUCGCACCAACAUCCCCGCAUUUAAGCUCAAGCACUCCGUCGUGCGCCGUCGCUACUCCGAUUUCGAAUACUUCCGCGAUAUCCUGGAGCGCGAAAGCACGAGGGUGACUAUCCCGCCGCUGCCUGGGAAGGUGUUCACAAAUCGGUUCAGUGACGAUGUCAUCGAACACCGCAGGGAGGGGUUGCAGCGCUUCUUGCAGAUUGUUGCCGGCCAUCCGCUCUUGCAGACGGGGAGUAAGGUUUUGGCGAGCUUUAUACAGGAUCCGAACUGGGACCGCAAUGCUUGGUAGAGUUGGGUUGUGGGGUGGAUCGUCAUUGAAAAUGAGGGUCUUGCUUUAGCUAUGCUGUUUUCAUUC